CUAGCGUGGUAGAGAGACAAAGCAGAUAAAUAAAACUAGCUAGUUAUGGCAUUCCAAACUUCACUUGUUUUAGGCUGCAGCUUCUUCCUCAGCCUCCUUGUUCUUGUUGCCUCUGCACUGACGAGCAGCAUAGCUAAUUGUACCGCACCUACUGAUUAUUUCAACGUUUCAUCCCUCAACCGGAGCAGUUUUCCGGUGCGUUUCAUAUUCGGAACAGCUUCUUCAGCUUUCCAGUAUGAAGGUGCCGUAAGAGAAGGUGGAAGAGGACCAAGUAUAUGGGAUACUUACACUCACCAACAUCCAGAAAGGAUAGCGGAUCACAGCAAUGGAGAUGUAGCUGUUGAUGGAUAUCAUCGUUAUGAGGAAGAUGUGAAAAUUAUAAAAGAAAUAAAUUUCGAUGCUUACAGAUUUUCUAUCUCAUGGUCCAGAUUGUUACCAAAUGGUACACUUAGUGGAGGUGUGAACAAGGAAGGAAUUGAGUUUUAUAAUAACCUCAUCAACGGACUCCUGGAAAAUGGUUUCGAGCCAUUUGUCACAAUCUUCCACUGGGAUGUUCCCCAAUCUCUAGAAGAUGAGUAUGGUGGCUUCUUAAGCCCUCGCAUUGUGAAAGAUUUUAGGGAGUAUGCAGAAGUAUGCUUUAGAGAAUUCGGAGAUAGAGUGAAGCACUGGGCCACAUUAAAUGAACCAUACACAUUCACCGAUGGUGGUUAUGCAACGGGGACUUUGGCACCAGGCCGAUGCUCGGAGUGGCAACAACUCAAUUGUAGCGGUGGGGAUUCAGGAACUGAGCCUUAUAUAGUCGCACAUCACCAGCUUCUUGCUCAUGCUGCUGCUGUGGAUCUCUAUAAGACUAACUAUCAGGCAUCUCAGAUGGGUUGGAUAGGGAUAGUACUGGUGUCCCAGUGGAUGGUCCCGUAUUCUGAGGCAAAGCACAACCAAAAUGCUGCACUUAGAGCCCUUGAUUUCAUGUUUGGAUGGUUUAUGGACCCAUUGACAAAUGGUGAGUAUCCUGACAGCAUGCGGUCUUUAGUUGGGAAUCGAUUGCCAAAGUUCACCAAACAGGAAUCUAAGCUAUUGAAAGGUUCAUUUGACUUUGUGGGAUUAAACUAUUACACUGCCUACUAUGCAAGCUAUGCUCCUAAUGUAAACAAUUCCGCGAAUGCAAGCUAUUUGACGGAUGCUCUUGUUAAUAUCACAAAUCAGCGAAAUGGAAUCCCCAUUGGUCCACAAGGUGGAUCAGAUUGGCUGCGUGUUUAUCCAAGAGGGAUUCUUGAUAUUUUGCUCUAUAUAAAAACAAAGUAUCAGAAUCCUCCCGUUUACAUUACGGAAAAUGGCAUCAAUGAGUUGAACGAUGCCAAAAAACCACUCAAGGAAGCCCUCCUCGACAACCAGAGAAUCGACUAUCAUAGUCGCCAUCUUUAUUACCUCAAAAAAGCCAUUAAUCAUGGUGUUAAUUUGAAGGGGUACUUUACAUGGUCAUUGUUGGAUAACUUUGAAUGGGCUUCAGGUUACACUAUUAGGUUUGGCCUCAACUAUGUGGAUUUCAAAGAUGGGCUGAAAAGAUACCCAAAACUCUCAGCCCUCUGGUUCAAAUAUUUUCUCCACAAGAGAGAAUAUUUGCAAUGAAAGAUAUGCUGGAUAGCAUGAUAUUUAUGUUGUUUCCUUUAUUAAUUAGUAUGAACUUUGUCUCCGUAAUGUAUUUGAAAAUGCCUAACUACCUCUUCUACACGAGGUAGCAAAAAGUAACAUAAGGCCUAAUUGUUGUCCAAUAAUAAUAAUAAGGCCUAUUUGAAGAAUAUUGUACUAUACGAGUAAGCUGGUUAAAACUUCAAUCAAUCUCAUUUAAGAUGUCUUAUGUA